CGGUGAAAUUAAACGGUCUCAGAAUAAUUGUUGACAUCUCUGUUUAAAGUGUUAUUUAGCUCCAAACAUGGCGACGGCUGUGUGUGAACGCAGUGCUCAGGCUAACGUUCCUGGAACAGAUGCUCUGUGUAAUAACGGUGAAGGUGUUGUGUGGAUGCUCUUCAGGAUAAGCUGUCAUAUUUAAAACGGACAAAACAGCUGAAGGGUCACUGGAGGAUAGAGCUAGAUGUCCUCAUUGUCCGUCAUGUAUUCGGACCAAAACAAACAGACCGAGAAGGUGACAUACAAGGAAUCCCUUAAUAUGAGUGAUGAUAAACCUUUCCAAUGUACUGCUCCUGGGUGUGGACAGAGGUUUACAAAUGAGGAUCACUUGGCUGUCCACAAACACAAACAUGAGAUGACACUGAAGUUUGGCCCAGCAAGGACAGACACUGUCAUCAUUGCUGACCAAACUCCAACACCUACCCGCUUUUUGAAGAACUGUGAGGAGGUUGGCCUCUUCAAUGAACUUGCAAGUCCAUUUGACCAUGACUUCAAAAAAGCAACAGAAGAUGACAUUAAAAAGCUACCGCUGGAUUUGUCACCUCUGGCAACGCCCAUCAUACGCAACAAAGUUGAGGAACCUACACCUAUGGAGGCGCAUCGAGACAGCCCUCUGCCUCACCCUGAGUCUACCACAAAUGAUGAAAAGGAGAUAUCUUUGCAGCCAGCCUCACUGCCAACAUCCACUAUAGUCCAUCCUGCAUCCCUCCAAGUUCCCAAUGUACUUCUAGCAACCUCAGAGGCUAGUGUUGUUAUACAGCAAGCUCUCCCAUCACCAACAUCUAGCUCUGUUAUUACUCAAGUCCCAUCCACUAAUAGGCCUAUAGUCCCGUUGUCUGGCACCUUCCCCGUGCUCUUACAGCUGCCUAAUGGCCAGACCAUGCCAGUUGCUAUACCUGCAUCUAUAACAAGCUCAAGUGUACAUAUUCCAACGACAAUUCCUCUUGUCAGACCUGUCACCGUAGUGCCUAACGUCCCCGGGAUCCCAGGACCUCCCUCGCCACAACCACAAACACAGCCACAGACACCAUUGCAGCCCGCCCAAUCAGAAGCAAAGCUGAAGCUGAAAGCCACAAUAAGCCAGCAGAUUCCUCAGGUAACUAACGGAGAUGGUUUUGAAGUCCAGAGCAGCGCUGUAACCCCUGCGCCCUCUUCUCCGGCUCCGCCCCCAACACCAACUCCAGCCCCAGCUUCAGUCCCGAUGGCAGUCCUGUCCCCUCUACCACCUCCACAGACACCCACCAGUGAGGAACCUUCACCACAUAGUCUUCAGCAGCCGGCCACCUCCACCACAGAGACACCUGCUUCCCCGGCUCCCCCUCCACCAAACCCGCCAAGCACAGGGGGUCGGCGGCGCAGAACCACCAGCGAAAACCCUGACGAGAAGCGGCGCAAGUUCUUGGAGCGUAACAGAGCAGCGGCCUCUCGCUGCCGGCAGAAGAGGAAAGUCUGGGUCCAGUCUCUGGAGAAGAAGGCCGAUGACCUGAACUCCGUGAACGGACAACUACAGAGUGAAGUCACCCUGCUGAGAAACGAAGUGGCUCAGCUGAAGCAGCUUCUUCUGGCUCAUAAAGAUUGCCCCGUAACCACCAUGCAGAAGAAAUCUGGCUAUCACAUCUCCGACAAAGACGAGAGCUGCGAGGAGAUGUCCGUCCCAGGCAGCCCGCAAAACGAGGCCAUCCAGCACAGCUCAGUCAGCACCUCCAACGGGGUCAGCUCCUCCUCCUCCUCCUCAACGACCCCGUCUGUCUCCGCCCCAUCCGGCGCCGCCAAUGCCACAUCGAACCAGAGCACAGAGGAGAGCAAGACGCGGAGGGGUGCCACCCAGACUCAGCCUUCAGGGAGUUGAUCACCCUAAACUGUCCUUCCUCUUCCUCCUCGAGAAUCAACACUGGAGCGCUCUCUAAUCUCUCUGACACACAGAGGAAAGAAAUUCUCUCUCAGCUUCUGUUUGGACUGAACUUAAUUAAUUUAUUCUUGUUUAUUUAUUUGUUUAUGUUUGGUUUAUUUUUGUCCUCCAUAGGCAAUGCUUUUUGGAAAUGCAAUGUUUUCUCUGGAAUUGAUGAAGACAAAAGAAAAGGCACUUUAGGUGUAAGAUGUUAAAUAAGUGUUUUUAAAAAUGUUUUGUAUUUAUUAUUGAUCAUCUUUAUUUUUUUAUUUAAUUACAUUGUAUUUAAUUUUUAAGGUUGAUCACUGAAUUGUUAGAGACUUUACCAAAGUGUGUUGGGGCUCACUUUUCAUUGAUUUGCUUUGUUUUUUGUGACUUUUGAAGCACUAUCUGAAUGAGGAAGUUACAUUCAGAGCACUCACUUUUUCUUUUAUAAGUCUCUUUUUCCAUUUUGCACAUUUUGAGAGAUGACGGGUUUACCUUUUUUAGAGUUUGACAGUCCACAUAUGUUAAGUACUGGCAGCUUUUUAGACGUAGAUUUUAAUACUGUCACAUUACACAGAUGUAAAUGGCUGAUUUUAACUUUGAGAUCUUUUCUGUGAGUGAGAUCAGCUGUAGUUGCAUUGUGAAGUUUGAAUGUUUGUAAAAAAAAAUUAAAUAGUCUUAAUAAGGAGCAGGGCUGGUUAGAAACAUGUGAUAUUUCAUUGACAUUCCAUCCGUAGUCUGAUUGUUCCUGAAGCAGUGAUUGUAGGAUUGCAGUAUCUUUUCCAUUACUCAAUCAUGGUGAUGUUGACUUCAUUCAGUGCCAUUAAUGUUUUUGUAAUGAUGACUUCCGUACAUUUUUAACGCAGAUUAGCUUGAGUUGUUCUCUCAGAUCAAGGCUCUCAUGAACAUGGUUUUUCAGUAAGGAAAUCUCUUUGUAUACCCUCUUUUCUUUAUAAGUGACUGUUAAUCGCUUCCGUGUCUUUGGCAGAACACUUCAGUACUUAAGGCUGUUUUCAUGGUCACAGCUCUAGAGAACAUUUUUAGGAAACAUUGUAAAUAACAUGUAUGUGAUCUUUCUAGGUGUUCUGUACUUUGUUUUUUAAAGAAUAGCCCGGGUUCAGUAGCAGAGCCUGUUGAUCACAUGAACUCUGAGCAGUUUAAAAACUGAUCUUGAACAUGGUUAUCGGCCUCUCUCUGCCUGACUGACUCCUUGCAUUUUCAUGUAAAAUGAAAGCAUUCAGAUGUGACCUGGAAUCACAUAAUGUGUAUGAUUAAAGAAGCACCACUACUGCUUGUGAGAAUCGUGAGCAUUUUAUCAUUGAAAUAAUAGUAGGAAGAAAAUCACACUAUGAAGUCAAUUUGCCUUUUCCUCUUAGUCUGUACUGGCUUACUACUGUGUAGUUUUACAAGAAGCUAACACCUUGUUUUCUUAAAGUAUGAUUUUAAAACAUUACCUGUUCUGUGCUAUCUGCAUGAGAUAAUAAUUCUCUGCGAGAAUUUAACUGUUUAUUAGAUAAUGUCUCAGUCAGAUAAAUAUCAUGAAAUAAGUUGGUUCAACUUGAGUUGUGGCUAUAAGUCUAUGAAAGCUUUGGUUAUUUGUUUUACUUGGGCUAAACUGCUAAAAACAGGGGUGUGAUACUGUGUUGAAAGUGUACUCGUACCUUGUGAAAGUUCUGUAUAAAAUUUGAAUUGAUAAGUUGUUGUAAUAAACCUUUUAAUAUCUCUUUAAAA